AUGCCUUCCAUUUUACGCUGUCGGAAACCUGAUUAUUGCGUGCAGACGAUCCUGAGGGACCUGGAGAGCCUAAUCAUUCAGUUGCCCAUCCAAUCACUGGCUGCCCUUCCUCCCAAUCAUGAUCUUCGCCACCUUGUUCGGCAGAUCCUGUUUGUCGCAGCGAAUUUCAUCGAUCACAACCGCACUCCCCUCCACAUGUCUCAGAAGAUUGUUCAGCUCCUGUACAAGACAAGCUCUCAGCUUGGUAGAGAGAUUUAUGUUGCCUUGUUGGAACAGUUGUGCCGCUCGUUUGAAGACGUUGCUAAAGAGGCUAUUACAUGGCUGCUCUAUGCGGAGGAUGAGCGCAAACUCAACACUCCUGUCACUGUGACUCUGCUACGCAGCGGUCUUGUCAGCACUUCGCUUCAGGAUCAACAGCUGGCGAAGAACUUGUUUACUGAUCCUCGCCCCAGUUUGCAAAACUUCGCAGCAGGUCUCAUUCGCGAAUGUCUAUCAAGUGAUCCCCCAGUUGCCUCCCAGAGUCAGUUGACAUUCUCUAUUGAAGUUCUUGGACAAUUGGCACAGGCUGGCGAUGCCAAUGAAGAAUACUGUACUAGGGUGAAUCGCCUCCUCGAUGACCUUCGAGUCGUUCGCAGACCCACGACGUUGCCGGCAGAUGGCAUGGUAGUCCGUCAGCCCUCGGUCAAGCCAGAAACUGAGCAGCUCAGGGAAAAGUUGUUCAGCUGGUUCCAGCAAUGGGUUUCCAUCUUCCAGAGGUCUCACUCUCCGGUCCCCUUCAUCUCCCAGCUCACGAAGCAGGGAAUUUUGAAGGUCGAGGAUAUUUCUUCAUUCUUCUUCUGUGUGUGUGCGGAGGCAGGUGUGAAUAGCUAUAUCAAAUGCAUGGCAAACGGAGGGUUCGACUACACUUUCCAAGCUCUCGACGCGAUGUCGCGACUGAUUGUCUAUAUCAUCAAGUAUCAUGGCGACGCUUCCGGGAUCGACAACGACCAGGCGAAGGUUCAUUACCUCACCAAGAUUUUGUCGAUUUUCGUUCUCGUUCUGGCGAACAUGCACGAAGAACAAGGCGUUCUCUUCCAACAAAAGCCAUUCUUCAGAUUCUUCUCCAGUCUCAUCAGUGACCUGCACUCCAUCGUAGAACAUCUAGGCUCAGCUUAUUUCCAAUUGCUGAUCGCCAUCAGGUAA